GCCGGCCAAACGCGCAGGCUCGCUGGGACACCUUCAAAUACUGAGGCUUCCGGGAUCCCGAGCUAAUGUAGUCUGCGCAUGUGCGGGAGUGGGACGGGUUCGUUUGGACUUUGUUUUGUCCUUAGACCCUGCCGUACCGUCCAGGCGGCGAGCUGCAUUCUGGUUCCGUCGUGUGUGAGUGCGGUAGAGCCACCAUGAACUGCGACACCUUCGCGGCGGGCGAGCGGCUGGUGUCGCCGGCUUACGUGCGGCAGAGCUGUGAGGCCCGCCGCUCGCACGAGCACCUUGUACUGCAGCUUCUGGAGAAGGGCAAGUGUCCAGAGGAUGGUUGGGAUGAGAGUACACUUGAGCUGUUUUUACAUGAACUUGCAGUCAUGGAUAGCAACAAUUUCUUGGGCAAUUGUGGUGUGGGAGAAAGGGAAGGGAGAGUGGCUUCUGCGUUAGUUGCUCGUCGUCAUUACAGGCUCAUUCAUGGAAUUGGACGGUCUGGUGAUAUUUCUGCUGUGCAGCCGAAAGCUGCAGGCUCUAGCCUUUUGAACAAAAUUACCAAUUCUUUGCUCUUGGACAUCAUAAAGUUGGCUGGUGUUCCUACAGUAGCCAGUUGCUUUGUGGUUCCCGUGGCAACUGGUAUGAGUCUAACCCUGUGUUUUUUAACAUUAAGACACCAAAGACCAAAAGCCAAGUAUAUCAUCUGGCCACGAAUAGACCAGAAGUCCUGCUUUAAAUCCAUGAUCACUGCAGGUUUUGAGCCCGUGGUGAUAGAAAAUGUUUUAGAGGGUGACGAGCUGCGCACAGACCUGAAAGCAGUGGAAGCUAAGGUCCAGGAACUGGGGCCUGACUCCAUUCUGUGUAUUCAUUCUACUACGUCCUGUUUUGCUCCACGAGUGCCUGAUAGACUAGAAGAACUGGCUGUGAUUUGUGCUAAUUAUGGCAUUCCGCAUGUAGUCAACAAUGCUUAUGGAGUGCAGUCUUCAAAGUGCAUGCACCUCAUUCAGCAGGGAGCUCGAGUUGGUAGGAUAGAUGCAUUUGUUCAGAGUUUGGACAAAAAUUUUAUGGUUCCAGUAGGUGGUGCUAUAAUCGCUGGCUUUAAUGAGUCCUUCAUUCAGGAAAUCAGCAAAAUGUAUCCAGGAAGAGCAUCAGUCUCCCCUUCUUUAGAUGUCCUUAUUACAUUGUUAACACUUGGAUCAAAUGGUUAUAAGAAGCUAUUAAAAGAAAGAAAGGAAAUGUUUUCGUAUUUGUCCAACCAGCUAAAGAAGUUGUCAGAAGCCAACUACGAAAGACUGUUGCAGACACCUCACAAUCCCAUCUCACUAGCUUUGACACUUAAGACACUAGAUGUACACCAUGACAAAGGUGUCACUCAGCUUGGAGCAAUGCUUUUUACCAGACAUGUUUCUGGUACCACGGUUGUGCCUCUUGGGUUGGUGCAAACUGUGAGCGGCCACACUUUCAGAGGCUUUAUGUCCCAUACCAACGCCUACCCGUGUGCUUACCUAAAUGCGGCAGCGACCAUCGGCAUGAAGACACAGGAUGUGGACUUGUUCAUCAAGAGACUUGACAAGUGCUUAAAGACAAUAAGAAAAGAGCAAAAUAAAGAGAGCGUACCUGGAGUUGACAAUUAUGACAAAACUGAAAAUGUGGAUAUUGAAGAAACCGCUUUAAAAUUAGAUAAUGUGCUUCUGGACACGUGCCAGGAUAGUUCUUCAUGACCUGUGAGGGAUUUCUUUGUGAUAAUUUGAAGAAAAUGAUACAGCUGCAGUACAGAUAAGCAGUUUUAAGAUAGGGCUUGAGAUUGUUGACUUGAGAGUUUUAUAGAGAACGUUUAAUCAGGGAGAGGGCGGUGGGCUGAGCCUUUGAUGAUUGUUGUGUUUUCAGUCUUGGACUGCCUCAUCCUUAUGACCCUUACCAAGUUAUAAUAUACAAUUAGCUUUUCUCUAAUUGUGAGAGUAUUUGUCAAUGAAGCGUCAUUAGUCAGAUAAUUCAGACUAAUGUAAUGACUAUAAAAUUACCUCUAAUUCUC